AUGUCCUUCAAGCGUUUUGCCAGCCCCUCAAAACCGUAUUGCAACAUUAUCCUGCUUCUUUCACCCUUCCUCUCCCUACUCCCAGCCCACUGCUCUGCUGGUUGCUUCACUCCCAACGGCACAAACAUCAAUGGCUUCAACGGGUACGAGGAUGACGCUAUCUAUGCGCCCUGCAAGAACGGGACCUCCGCCAGUAUGUGCUGCGCAAUCGGGCCACUAAGAGGUAGUCCGGACAACUGCUUCGAGGACGGCUCAGGUCUGUGCUACAACAAGAAUGUGGGCCCGUAUGUUCAUUUUUGGAGGGAGAGCUGCACCGAUCCAACGUGGAGGGAUCCUGCUUGUGUGGAACUGUUUACGAACUCUACAACCAACGAAGAUAACUGGGGCGACAAGGAACUAGAGCAAUGCAAAGACGGCAGCUAUUGCGAAAUAGCUCCAGACGAGAAUGUUGCCAAAGCCUGCUGCGACGCGGGCCAGGGUCUGUUCGUCAAUAUCGUUAACGGCCAGGUCACAGUCGAUACAACGAGCUCUAACACCGGCCCCACAAUCUCAAUGGCCUCCCUCUCCACCGUCACAAUCGCCGCGACUCCCGCUAGUGCUAGCGGAGCUGCGGCUUCUACCACCCCUGCCAGCAUCAAACCUGAUGAGUCAAGCAGCAACAAUGGGCUCUCAACAGGAGCGAAGAUUGGAAUCGGUGUAGGUGUCGUUGGGGCACUUGCAGCCUGCGCGCUUUUAGGGUGGCGCGUCCUCGUUAGGAAGAAAAGAAGACGAGCGCCGGCUGAUUACUCGACAUCGAACAACGGCCCAAAAGAACUUGCAUCAAACGAAGUAAACAUUCAGCGGGUGGAGAUGGAACAACCUAACUAA